AUGCCUAAGGCCCAGCCCACCCGCAAGACCAAGACCGCCACCCGUGAGACUGGUGGUCGCAAGAAGAAGGACCCCAACGCCCCCAAGCGUGGUCUUUCCGCCUACAUGUUUUUCGCCAACGACAACCGCGAGAAGGUUCGCGAUGACAACCCUGGUAUCACCUUCGGCCAGGUCGGAAAGAUGCUCGGUGAGAAGUGGAAGGCUCUCAGCGACAAGGAUCGCAAGCCCUACGAGGACAAGGCCGCUGCUGACAAGAAGCGGUACGAGGAUGAGAAGGCCGCCUACCAGGCCGGUGGCGCCGAAGAGGAUGAGGAGUCAUCCUAA